CGACACAUCAUCGUAACUUUACCACACAGCCACACAUCAAAGCACCAAUCUCUUCUCUUCAAAAUUCCCAAUCACCAUUUUCACAUGCAACCAACAACAAAUGCACAUUCAAUUUCCAACUUCUUGACACUCUCUUCUCUCUCCUCCCACCAUGUCGGCGAACGUCACAGCCCCUCCGUUACUCUUCUUCGUACGCUCCUCAACGGCGCCGUCGUCCAAAAAGAACAAGAAGUAUCAUCAUCAGCAACGAGCACUGGGAAAUUUCGGUCACUUUGGUCAAGUGGUUCGUAAGGAUAUGGAGUUUCUCAAGAGAGGAUUUAACAAUGGUGUCUCGUGGGCCAAUGAUGCCUUUCGCAUUCCUCGUAUUGCUAAGAAAAUUGAUGACCUUGUUUGGCUUCGUAAUCUUGAAGACCCUCAUGCUACUUCCUUUUCUACCCCUUCUUGGCCUGAGCCUUGGUACCCAGGACUGUCUGGAGUGGAUCUGCUUAUGUAUGAUCUUAAGGCCUUGGAAGCAUAUGCUAGUUACUUCUAUCAUUUGUCUAAGAUUUGGUCAAAGCCACUGCCUGAAGCUUAUGAUCCCCAGGAUGUUGCUCACUAUUUCAGUGCCAGGCCCCAUGUCGUGGCCCUUCGUAUUAUUGAGGUGUGUUCCUCCUUUGCCUCUGCCAUGGUCAGUAUUCGAACUGCAGGGCUUAGAAAGUUUCUACCAAUGAACGCAGAAGAGGAUGCGGACGAUAAAACAUCUGAAUAUAAUUUUGGUUUAGUGUUAAAGGAAACAAUGCUUAAACUUGGACCCACCUUUAUAAAAGUUGGUCAAUCGCUUUCCACAAGGCCAGAUAUCAUUGGUUUUGAAAUGUCCAAGGCACUGUCACAAUUGCAUGAUCAGAUUCCUCCUUUUCCCAGGAAUGUUGCUAUGAAGAUUCUUGAGGAAGAAUUGGGAUCUCCUUUGGAAUCAUUUUUCAGUUACAUUUCUGAAGAACCUAUAGCCGCUGCAUCAUUUGGUCAGGUUUACUUUGCUCGUACUAUUGACGGUGUUAAUGUUGCUGUAAAAGUUCAACGUCCUAAUUUGCAUCAUGUGGUGGUGCGGGAUAUAUACAUUCUUCGUCUUGGGUUAGGACUGCUGCAAAAGAUUGCCAAGAGAAAGAGUGACCCUCGCUUUUAUGCCGAUGAGCUUGGGAAAGGUUUUGUUGGUGAAUUGGAUUACACUUUAGAGGCUGCAAAUGCUUUGAAGUUUCGGGAAGUUCACUCAUCAUUCUCUUUCAUGCGUGUGCCAAAAAUAUUUUUACAUUUAAGUCGAAAGAGAGUACUCACCAUGGAGUGGAUGGUUGGUGAAAGUCCCACGGAAUUGCUCUCUGUAUCUGCCGCAAAAUCUACUGGAGAGGUCUCUGAAUAUUCAGAAAGGCAAAAAUUAGAUGCAAAAAGGCGUCUUCUUGACAUGGUCAAUAAAGGUGUUGAAGCAACGUUGGUGCAACUUCUUGAAACGGGCUUAUUACAUGCUGAUCCACAUCCUGGUAACUUGCGCUACACUUCAUCAGGAGAAAUAGGGUUUCUAGAUUUUGGUUUGCUUUGUCAAAUGGAAAAAACACAUCAAUUUGCUAUGCUGGCUUCAAUAGUUCAUAUAGUAAACGGUGACUGGGCAUCCCUUGUCCGCGCACUGAUUGAUAUGGAUAUGGUGAGGCCUGGGACAAAUAUCCGGCUUGUUACAAUGGAACUGGAACAGGCCUUGGGAGAAGUAGAUUUUAAGGAUGGAAUUCCUGAUGUGAAGUUCAGCAUGGUUCUGGGAAGGAUUUGGUCUGUAGCACUCAAGUAUCAUUUCCGUAUGCCACCAUAUUAUACACUUGUCUUACGAUCCCUAGCCUCCUUCGAAGGUUUGGCCAUAGCGGCAGAUACAAACUUCAAGACUUUUGAAGCGGCCUACCCUUACGUUGUUCGAAAACUUCUGACAGAAAACUCUGCCGCGACAAGGAAAAUAUUGCAUUCGGUGCUUCUAAAUCGAAAGAAGGAGUUCCAGUGGCAAAGGCUUUCCCUAUUCCUGAGGGUAGGGGCAACUAGGAAAGCCUUGCAACUAGCAGCUUCAAAUAGCGAGACUUCCUCCAGUCAUUUACCAAAUAAGGCCACUGGUACAUUUGAUAUUGCAUACUUGAUCUUGAGGCUUUUACCAUCCAAAGAUGGCGCCGCUUUACGAAGGCUUCUCAUGACUGCUGACGGAGCUUCUUUAAUUCGAGCAAUGGUCUCAGAGGAGGGAAAGGUCAUCCGCGAACAACUUUGCAAGGUCAUAACCGAUGCUUUAUGCCAAUGGAUGAUUAAACUAUUUGGACAAGGAGUUACAGAUACUCAGUAUCCCAGGGUGAUGUUGACCUCUAAUGGACCUAGCAACAAAGAAUCAAGUCGGUCCCCUCGUUCAUCCUCGCCUGCAUACGAUUAUAAUUCCAUCUUUAGAGAUCGGCGGCUUCGUGUGAUAUUUUCUAAGGUUGUGAAAUCUGCAAGCAGUGAUAAAAUAUUGAUGCUUCGGUUCUGUUGGUCUUCCCUUCUUAUAUUCAUUACAGCUUCAGCUUUGGCUUGCCACAGGGUUGUUCUGUCUAUGUCUGAGGUUUACUUGGGUUCGAUAUUCAAUGCACCUAAGCGUAAGAGAUAUGCAGUCAGUGCAUGAAUAUAUACAUUCAUAGAACAUUACUAUUAUCCAACAAUUUUCAAAGAAAGCAAUGUUUAGGCUUUGGAGGCAAUUUAGUGUGAGAAAGGUGAAAUAUGGAUAUAGGAUUACAGAGUCUUUUGGUUACAAUUACUUUUUAUAUAUGGGGGAUACUCUGUAUUCUGUGAGCUGAUAUUGUUGCAGUCCAGAUUCGGGUACCCUACAAUAAUGUAUAGUUUCAUGUAAAGUGAGUGCUACAUUAUUUUUUUAUCCAUUUCAGAAUAAAGAUAGAUGUAUUUAAUUAUUAA